CCGGAUUUUUAAACGUACUGUAAUUCAUUAUACCCAUAGCUUUAGCCCAGAUAUAAUCAAAUACGCACACAGGGUAUUGUUGUGUUUUUACUUUACCAGUUUAGUUACAUUACCACUAACAUAUUAGCGUUUAAAUGUAGCAUCAAUGGGAAAUGCACAGAGUUGCAUUAUUAUAUCUGUCUCGGCGUGUUCCGUUUUUCUACUUUACGCUCAUAUUUAUCGCUCUCAUAAAACGUUGCAAACAAACGCGGUGAAUUACGACGGUAGGCUUCCGAGCUUCGGUUAUCUCUACUUCAAAUAUGUAAUUAACGCACUUUGUAGAAAACAAGGCCACUUGUACCCAAGUAAUGCGAAGGGGAAGUUUGAUGUUGCCUACAAUGUCCUGAACUGUAGGCUGGAGACUUCACUGCUGAGGAUGUUCUGCAAUUCUGCAGGUUAUGGUUGGGACUACCCAGACAGUGAAUACAGAGACAUUCCCCUGUGUUUUCCAGAGAUUCUCUGUCUAAGACUGAUGCUUAUAAUCCUAACUGCAAGCAAUUUCAGGUUGAAUCCUGCAGGUCUAGUUCGUGUGCGUCAGAGCUUGAGAACAUUGCAGCCAAUUGAUGAGCUGAAGAAGGGCCCAUUCAUUCUGUACGGCCAAGUCCUGGAGUACCGUCCUGUUGACGCUGGGGUGGAGGUUGACGUCUCACUCUCUGCCACCUCCCAUUCCAACUACCUGGUGUGGCAGAGUGUAUUGACAUUACUGUCCAAGAGCAAAUUCCACAGAGCACCCAGACCCGUACCCAAGGAUGAAAGCAAGAGUGAGAACUGUUGUCAGCCAGAUAUCCCCACACCAGAGGAAGUGAAGAAGGUAGCGAUGAGAAUUCCUGGCCACUCCUUACAUCAGCUCUUCACCCUACCAGCCAGGCUCCUUGGCUACAGAUGCCACACCUCUCCCAGUCUCUGGAUGCUGUCUGUCUGUCUGGCUGAAAUAGAAAAGCACAAAGGAGUUGAAGCCAUCAGAGCCCCCAUCUCUGUCACUGCCCGAUUUAAGGAGACUGAUUCAGUAUCUGGGAAAGUGAUGAUAAAGAUCUGGGAGACUGCAUUUGAGGAUGGGCAGUCUUCUGGCCAAGGCCUCAGCUUCCAGAUGGAACAACAAAGAACCAGGGUUGCUCACGUGGAAGGCUUAAUCUGUAGGACUUGAACAACCCAUAUAUUAUUCAUUCUGCUAUCAAAGUACAAUAAAUAUGCUGUAUGCAAAUAUAUGUUUUGUUUGAUUUUUAUUAGAAUAGUUUUCUUCGUUGUACAUCAUAGGUCUAUAUUGACACUGUUUUGAGGUACAAGAUGGGGCAAAUGUAGACAUGG